AUACACCUCUAAUUCGUUAAAGUAAAAGAGCCAAGAGCUACUUUCUUGUCCGAUAAAGAAAGUUUUGCGGCAGUUAAGCUAGUCGGUCUGAUUGCAGACGUAGCGCCAACGUAAGCUAGUUAUGCUAAUGCUAAGCUCGAUAGCCAAUGCAAAAAUGGUUUUGCGCUAUAGCAAGCUGUACUGUUCCUAGACAGUCGAUAGUCAUUAGCUUCCAAUAGUAAUUUUGGUGCAGAUUAAGUUUGUAUUUAUCGAAGCAUUCUGAAAGUGGCAACUCGGCGGCUAGCUAGCUUCAUUCAGUCCGUAGAGGCCCCCUCCUCGAAAGAAAAUGGACGAUAGCUAACGUUAGCAGGUGUCAAAGUUUUACGUUUGUUUGCGGACGAGUGAUUGUGAACACACGUAAUUUUUAUUUCCACAUUAACCUUUGUUUUCGAGGAACAUGGCUCUUUCGAUGGCUAUAUGUGCGAAAGCGUUAGAGAGUCACGUCAACGUGAGACAGAGCUCACAGACACCUCCUGUGUCUUGGCUCUUCCUCAUUCUCUCUCUCGGCUGGGUAAAGAGGGAAUCUAAUGAUGGAAGAGCAGGGAUUUGAUAGUCUGCCGCUGAGCCAGGACUCAUUCAGACAGCUGUGGGAGAGUGUAGCUGCCCCCUCAAUCUCCACCAUUCCAAUGGUGACUGAUGUGGAAAAUGGGCACAUGGAUAUGUUGCUUAUGAAUGAUCAAGAGUUGGCUGAUGGGUUUGAUGAAAAUCUGUUUGAGCUGGCGCCAGAGGUGUCUGUUAAAGAUGGGGUUACUCCCCCAUCCUCCACCGUCCCGGUUACAAUUGACUAUCCAGGGGAAUAUGGCUUCCAGGUUCGCUUUCAGAAGUCUGGCACAGCCAAGUCCGUCACUUCCACUUAUUCGGAGCUUCUCAACAAGCUGUAUUGCCAGCUGGCAAAGACCAGCCCGGUUGAAGUACUGGUGAGCAAAGAGCCUCCGAUGGGUGCGAUCCUCAGGGCCACAGCGGUUUAUAAGAAGACUGAGCACGUGGCCGAAGUGGUUCGCAGAUGUCCUCAUCAUCAGAUUGAAGACCCUGCAGAGCAUCGAAGCCAUCUCAUCAGAGUGGAGGGCAGCCAGAGGGCACAGUAUUACGAGGAUCAGCACACCAAGAGGCAAAGUGUGACCGUCCCUUACGAGCCCCCUCAGCUGGGCUCAGAGAUAACUACAAUUUUGCUGAGCUUUAUGUGUAAUAGCUCCUGCAUGGGAGGCAUGAACAGAAGGCCCAUCCUCACCAUCCUGACCCUUGAGACGCCAGAGGGAUUUGUUUUAGGCCGCAGAUGCUUCGAGGUGCGUGUCUGCGCAUGUCCAGGCAGGGACCGCAAAACUGAGGAGGAAAAUAGCACCAAGAUGCAGAACGGCACCAAAGAAACUAAAAAACGAAAGAGCACCCCGGCUCCUGAUGCAGCUUCUGUGAAGAAGUCCAAGCCGGCCUCCAGCGCAGACGAGGAGGACAAGGAUGUGUUUGUUCUGCAUGUUCGUGGUCGCGAGCGUUAUGAGAUGUUGAAGAAAAUCAAUGAUGGCCUGGAGUUGCUGGACAAAGAAAACAAAACCAAGACCAAGGUGUCUGUGAAACCCGAGUUCGCUGUGCCUUCCAGUGGAAAGAGACUCCUGCAGAGAGGAGAGAGGAGUGACAGCGACUAAGGAAGCUCAUUGCUCUGAUCAAGAGAACAAGCAGCAUGUCUUUCUCCCUCCAAGCCAUCGGGUUUAUUUCAGGUUUUUAUUUGUCAUUGGAACCCCAAACCACCUCCUCCUGCCUCAAGUACAUGAGAAAAAUUUAAUCCAGUAACUGUACUGCCUGACCAUUCACUGUACUCAAAGUACUGUACCAUGAUUUGCUUUUUUUUUUUAAACUUGUGCCACUGAAUAAAGGCUGAACGGAUUUUGUAGAGGAGAGCAGUUCAUACUGUAAGCAGGUCUGCCUCCUCUGUACUCUGAAAAGGUCCCCUGAAAUGGUUUUGAGGACUUAAACAGUCUGUGCAUUUGCUUGAAACAGGAAAAUGGUUUGGGGCUUAAAACUUGUAGGGGACUGUAUUUAAACAGUGUUAAUGUUGACAGGGAUUUUCAUUUGAGUUUAAACAAUUUUGGUUUUUUGUUGUUUUUUUUUUUUUAAAUUCACGUCAGUCAUGUUCUCACCUGUAAUGCAUUAUUUGUAGUACAAUUUAGAGACCUGAAGGUUUUUCUUUGUUCUUUUUUUUUUUUUUUUUUAAUCAGUGACAUUCGUUUUCUAUGUUCUGUCAAUAUAGUAAUUAUGAUCUUAAAUGUGUUAAAAAUAGAAUCAGGCUGGUCAAAUUUUUAGUCCUAAUUAAGACCAGGAUCAUAAUCUUCAUACGAGUCACUGCCAAGUCAAGCUUGAAUGGGGAAAACUUGAAUGGGAGUAUACUUCUGCUAAUGUUGCUGUAUUACUGUACCACAUCCCACGCAAAUGAAAACAUUUACAUCUAGUCAAACACAAACUUUAAGCUGUUUGUCAGGACGUUCCCUUGAAACAAGUGUUUUAUUCCAUUAUGCUAUGCACGCAGAUCUAAAAUCGUGAAAACCAGGAAGGCCGGAUCAAAGAACGCACGGGCCAAAAUGCAUGCAAGUUCCUCAGUGGGUUUUUUUCCUGCUUAAAUUUUUUUUAAAAUAUAUAUAUAUAUAUAAUCCAAAUAUAUAUAUUUUUUUCGUCACAAAGAGCUGUAAACAGAUUGUAGUCUCUUUUCUUUUUGUCUCUUCUUAGAGAUUUGUAUUUUGUCAUUGAAUUCACCUCUUCAGUGCUGAUGAUUCAAACAUUUAAUGUCAUGAUUUUUUUUUUUUUGUUAAAAACAACAGGGGCUGGCUGGAUCACCCCAAAAGCUAAUCACCUUUUGUUAUUUGUAACUUUACAGCAGAAAGUAUUGGUAGGGGGGAGGGAAAACCAAAUUGGGAAGAGAGCAUUUUCAACCUGUAAAUACUGGACCAAAUUUUUAGGACCUUAGACCACAGUUUUAUUACAACAGUUUUAUGGGCCGCAAGCGACUGCAUUUCUAAAUCAAUGAAGAAGUCACUCGUUAGGAUGCCCCUGCUGCAGUUUGGUUUUAUGUUUCCGUUUUUGGCCUCCAACCUACAGACUAUGAAAUUUGUCACUUAAUCAGCACUUCAUUUUUAAGCAACCGAUCACUGUCUGUUCACUACAACCACUUCUUGUUUUUACACUGCUGAGAAAGUUGACGUAAAGGCAUUUCUUUGUUUAUUUCUAUAUCUUUUAUAUAUUAUUUUGGGAACAUAGUUUUGUAUAAAAGGUUUAUCUUUCUAUAUUUUUCAUUGUUAUUUUCCAUCGCUUUUUUUGUACUAAUUUGCAUUUUUCUUACUGAAAGCUUAAGCCAAAAUAAAAGCUUAACAUAAAACUCUG